UUCACACAGGACAGUGGACAAGACAACAAUGUUAAGUAUCUCAAGGCCAAGCUGGGGUACAGAAAGAUAAAAACCCAGGUUCCCAAGCCCUGACAAACAGUACCUAGUGCAGCAUCACUGACUGGUGACUUGUAUCUCCUCCUUCAACCAGAGCCACUGAACCAACCUCAGCUCAGCACUCUUAACUUGAAAGCAGUUGAUCUGUAGAUUGACCAUCCAUCACAUGCACAAUGUCCUGUGCCUUUAUUGUCAUGACAAUGCUUCUCGGCCUUUCGGUAGUGAGUGCGUUUGUCUUGCAGCCAUCGAGGGAAGAACCUGCAGCCUCUGCAAACGCUCCUGAUUCGCAUCACAGGUGUCAGGGUGAGUCAUUGCAGUCCAUCAGGAAGGGUCUCCUCCGGGCUCUCAACCUGCAGAUUGAGCCACGGCUGCCCAAUGGUGGAUUGGACAUGGUCACAGAGCAAUGGCGGGCCAACUUCAGCAACAUCGCUCACAGACCCAGGGAUGCUGCUGUUCCAGCCAUCUCUGGCAGCCCUGAUGGUGGAAACAGUACGAGCCUGAAGUGUUGUUCCAUGGCCUCUGAGGUCUUCAUGAAAGAUCUGGGAUGGGACAGCUGGGUGAUUCUCCCUGUCAGCGUGACCACUGUUCAGUGUGCACUCUGCAGUCCCGAAGGGAACAUUGUGCAGUGUCCAUCAUCCCAGUCUAAUGUCCAGGACUCAGACUCACAGGUCCAGGUGCCAUGUUGCCAGCCGGCCUCCCAAGAAAAGGUGCUUUUUGUCUAUGUUGAUGCAUCCGGCACUAUCGUCCUCUCCUCUGUGCAGAUGACCAGCAGCUGUGGCUGUGGACAUGGCGACCUCCAACAGCCUGGCCAACAGUAAAGUUUGAUUUAUUUACCUGAGUAUGUGGCACCUAGCUUACACGCUGCAGUACAAACUACAUAAUAUCCAGGCCUGUUGUUUUUCACCAACUCCUGUGCCGAUUUAGUCGAAUAUUUCUCUUUAUUCUUGGUGUUAUCUCAGAUCCUAACAGAGUGAGUUUAACACUGAGCAUGGGAACCAAAGCAAAGGGACUCUAAGUACUCAGUGCAGCAUUCCUGUCUCUCUGUUCAGGCUUGAAAGAACGAUGCAAGAGUCAGCUGAGGAAUCAUCAUAAAACUGAUUAGUUAUUGUAGUGUUCAAACAUUUCAUAUCAUUAAACUUAAUGUCAUGUUUCUAACCUCAAAUUGUAAUCUGCAUUGGUUUGCUGUUGUAUUUUUAAAAAUUACAAUUACCAAAAUUUAAACUUAGAUAGAGCAAUAAAAAAAAUAUUUCAGUGAAGGUCAAGUAUUUGUCUCGCAACAAGAGAUGGAUGAGAAGUGAAGCUGACACUAGGGUGAUUAAUGCAGCCAGUUUAUCUUUAAAUAAAUCUCAUGGGUACAGCGUGCUAUUUAAAGCUACCAAAUGUUACAGUGUUCCCUUCAAAAAUGUGAGAGUAUCACGAGCUAGAUCUUCUGACAUGCAAGUCAUCAAAUCACUGCCUCCUCUUAUGGGUAAAAAAUCUUUUUCAUCCCCUUCAAACACACACAGGUCAGAUAAUUGAUUUAAAUUCCAUAUUCUACUGAGAAUUAAAUCUGCCCUGCGCUCUCUUAUGCACGUCCACUGGCCACGCUCUGAUUAUGUUUGUUAACCAGCAGAAAACCCCCAAAAUUAUACUUUAAUAUGAGACACCAAAAAUGUUUCUAUGUUAUACAUUGAGUAUUCUUUGCCACACAAAACAUGUGAAUUAAUCAUGAUUUCAAGACAAUUCAAGACAAAUCAUUUUCACUCCUCUUCAUACACUUUUGUUUAUGACAUUUUACUGCUUCACUGUGAUUUUUGUGUUUGACCAGUAAGAUAUGUGAAUAAAACACAACAUUU